AUGGCCACUGCUCAGAACAGGUCCACCGAGCCCACGCCGUACCUGUGUCUCAAGUCGCGCUGGCUGCUUGCUGUUUGGAACGAGUGGACACUUUUUGCGGGGCUGGUGCUGGCCAUUGUGCUGCUAGACGGCAAUUCUGCGUGGUCGAGUUCCAGCUCGUCCAGCUCGUCGCUGAACACGUCUGUCUCUAUUUCUUCCAACACAGACGUCCAGAACGUCCAGCUGGCGUUUUUGGACGACUUAGAGACCGUCGUGGCUAACGAUCUGACGGCCGAAGCUGCGUACCUCAACUCCACUCUCAACGACACAAUCACCACAGCAUACACGGCCGUUGCCGCCAUUGACCUGCGCACGGUUCUGCAGCAGCUCGCCGACUCGAUCAACCGCACCGUCUCGUCGUCGCUGGCGUCGCAAAACAACGAGCUCGAGUCGCUCAAGUCGCUUCUGGACUCCCAGGCGGUGUAUGUUGGCACUUCAGUGAGUCUGGACAACAUGAAUAUAAAUUAUACCUGGAUCGGCAGCUAUCUGGAAAGCGAGAUACGGAACCGCACCAUAACCAACGCAUACGAGAAAUACUUCGAAAACCUGCCAGAGUACUUUGCUUUUUUCGACUCUCUCACAAACGAGACGCUCCAAAACGUUUCUGCUGCAUUUGACCUGGUGGACUUGUCCGGCCCUGAACUUUACAACUACUCCAAUUCGAGCGGCUCAGCACUGCACCUGGCGUACUCGAGCACUACAGCCUCAAAAACUUCCAAGGCCGUGUACGUGCUCGUCGCAUUGAUGGCUGUAUUCGUGGUAGCACAGAUGCUACUUGACUGGCUGCGCUUUGCACAUGAACAGAAACAGGCGACGUGCUUUCCGCUGGAAGCCUCCGAAAAGACCGACUUCUUGGAGUACAGCUUCCGAGUCGUCGAUUUCGAGGCAUUCAGGCUCGCAGAGACGCUUGCUCUAUUUUUUGGAGACACCAUCAGACUGAAUUUUCUUGCAUCUUUCUGGCUCGGAGUGCGGUCCAACGCAAAAAAUCUGAUAAAAUACAUCGUAUUCUCGCUGCUUCUAUACUCCUGUUGGACACAGAAGACUUCUUCCUCGGUGGACGUUUCCCUGACCGGAAGCACGCGUUUGCACAACACGUCGCACACGCUGAAGACAGAUUUUGGAUUUGGCUCAGAAUCGCUUCUGGACGGUAUCCGAGAAAUCUACGACGAUUUCGAGGCCCAAGUGCGCCAGUUCCUCGACAACGAAGGUCUAGCGCCAUUUGUGGCGUACGCUGGGCCGAACUCCUCGUUUUUGGCCGACUAUAGCUGGCCCGACGAGAUGGCAACGGAUCUGACUGUCGCAGUGAAUAGCACGGUUUCGCAGGGCAAACUCCAUCUCAGCCAGUCGAACGCCAGCCCAGGUGUCUGCCCGCUGCUAUAUUACGCGUUUGCGCUCUGCGUGGGCGCCACGCUCACGAUGGUGGCCAUCAGUGUCUACACGCUCCGGUAG